UUUCAAACAAGCUCUAACGUUCAUUCGUCCAUAAAUCACAAGGAAGCAGCCAAUUUAGAUCAAAUUCUCUUGAAAUUUCCGGGCAAAUCUGAGCUUAAUCCACUAAGUGGGUGUUGAAGAAGUCAAUGGCGGCAGGGGCGAGCAGAAAGAUAUCAGCCGCAUCAGCCAGAGCUCACACCAGGAGAGGAAAUCAACAGUCUUUUCAAUUCCCUUCAGGGAUAAUUGGGAAGAUUCUUUUGGUCUUUUUCAUUGUGUUCUUGGCAUGGGCUUAUAAGGCAACUCAGCCACCAUCGCCAAAGAUUUGUGGUUCUCCAGACGGUCCCCCUGUAACUGCUUCUAGGAUAAAGCUUAGUGAUGGAAGGCAUUUGGCCUACAAAGAACAUGGUGUUGAAAAGGAUAAAGCUAAAUACAAGAUAGUUUACAUACAUGGUUUUGACUCAUGCCGACAUGAUGCUGUUGCUGCCACAACACUAUCUAAGGAUAUUGUUGAAGAUUUGGGGGUCUAUACUGUAUCAUUUGAUAGACCUGGCUAUGGAGAAAGUGAUCCCCAUCCCAACCGGAGCUUGAAGAGUAUGGCUUUGGAUGUAGAGGAGCUCGCUGAUCAGCUGGGACUAGGACUUCGUUUCUAUGUGGUUGGAUUUUCCAUGGGUGGGCAGGCGGUUUGGCCCCUCUUGAAGUACAUUCCUCAUAGGUUAGCUGGAGCGGUGCUUCUAGCACCUGUGGUUAACUAUUGGUGGCCAAGUUUUCCUGCCAAUCUAUCAAAGGCGGCAUACUACGAGCAACUUCCACAGGAUCAAUGGGCAGUUGGCAUUGGUCAUUAUGCCCCAUGGCUUACCUACUGGUGGAACACUCAAAACUUGUUUCCUGCUUCUAGUGUCAUAGCUCACAGCACUGCUGUGCUUUCUCGUCGAGACUUUGAACUCAUGCCCAAACUUUCUUCAAGAAUCGAGUAUCAGGCACAGGUAAGGCAACAAGGGGAAUACGAGACUCUCCAUCGUGAUAUAAUGAUUGGGUUUGGGAAAUGGGAAUUUGAUCCGAUGGAGUUGGAAAAUCCUUUUACUAACCAUGAAACUACUGUGCACCUAUGGCAUGGUGAUGAAGACAAGAUUGUGCCGAUUUCCUUGCAAAAGUACAUAGCUCAAAAGCUUCCAUGGAUUCACUAUCAUGAAUUGAAAGGUGCUGGGCAUAUGUUUCCACAUGAUGAUGGAAUGAUUGAUGGAAUUAUCAAGCAACUUUUAACUGGGGAGAAAUUUCAGUCCUGAGGAAAUCAGAUAAAGAAUUUAAGGUUUCAAUAGAGUUUGAGAAUCAUACGAAUCGUCGAAUUUUGAACAUAAUUAAGUUGUUAAGCUAUCGGUUCGAUCCUGUAUGUUGAUGAUUAUUUUUGUUGUUUAUGGAUCGAUGUUGACUUCC